AUGGCGGAGGCACUACAACAACUCGUUCUCGACACCUUGGACAGGGAAAAGGAGAUCAAGGACACCAGGUCCCUCACGAUACCAGGGCAAAGUCAGCCAGCGACCUCUAGUGAUGCUCAGAUCGCCAUCCUCGGCGCGCUCAACUCCUUGUCGAGUCGGGAGAUGAUAACAUAUGACACUCAUGAAGUCUUCACCUAUGUCUUGACUGCAGAGGGACAGCAGAUCGUGAAGGAGGGAUCGCACGAAGCGCGGGUAUGGCAUGCUGUACCACCGAAAGGGCAGGGCGCCCCCCUCCUCAUACCUGCGUUGAAGAAGGCUGUUGGUGAUGAGACCGCAAAAGUGGGGCAAGGGCGCGCUUUCAAGAAUGGAUGGAUAGGCAAAGAGGGAGAUGGCUUGGUCAAAAUCGUGUCAGAAAUCCAAGAUCAGACACAAUUAGACCUCCAGGAGAUCGAGACGACGGGGACGCUGAAGUCGGGCGAGAAGGUGCUUGCCGAUCUUAAGAAACGGAAGCUGGUCGUGCAAAAGAAGGGACAAUGGUUCACCGUCCACAAGGGCCCGAACUUCAGCACAUCUACCGCCAAACCUGAGACCGAUCUCACUGCCGAUAUGAUAGCAUCAGGAUCAUGGAAAACGGCCAACUUCAAGAAGUACAACUUCGAAGCCGACGGCAUCCCCACCGCAGGCGGCGCGCUCCACCCCCUGCUCAAAGUCCGCGAAGAGAUCCGCGACAUCUUCCUCGAGAUGGGCUUCUCCGAAAUGCCCACCCAAUCCUUCGUCGAGUCCGGCUUCUGGUGCUUCGACGCGCUCUUCGUCCCGCAGCAGCACCCCGCGCGCGACCUGCAGGACACCUUCUACCUCUCCGACCCCAAGGAGUCCAAGGCGCCCGACCACGAGUACUACAAGCGCGUCUCGACCAUCCACGAGCACGGCGGCUUCGACUCGAUCGGCUACCGCGCGCCCUGGCAGCCCGACGAGUCCCGCAAGCUCCUCCUCCGCACGCACACCACCGCCUCCUCCGCGCGCAUGCUCUACAAGCUCGCCGCAAAGUGCAGGGGGGAGGAGACCGAGUCGGACGCGUCCGAGUUCACGCACGGCGCAGCGGACUUGACGGCAACUGGCGAGCCCGCGCGCGACGACGGCUUCCGCCCCGCGAAGCUCUUCAGCAUCGACCGCGUGUUCCGCAACGAGACAAUGGACGCGACGCAUCUCGCGGAGUUCCACCAGGUCGAGGGCGUCGUCGCGGACCGCGGACUCACGCUCGCCGACCUCAUCGGCUUCAUGCGCGUCUUCUUCGCGAAGAUGAGCAUCGAGCAGGUGCGCUUCAAGCCCGCAUACAACCCGUACACGGAGCCUUCCCUCGAGAUCUUCGCCUUCCACCCCAUGCUGCAAAAGUGGGUUGAGGUCGGCAAUAGUGGUAUGUUCCGACCAGAAAUGUUGGAACCCAUGGGCUUCCCCAAGGACGUCCGCGUCCACGGCUGGGGGUUGAGCUUGGAGCGACCGACUAUGAUUCGGUAUGGCAUCAACAACAUCCGCACGCUCGUCGGUCACAAGACGUCCAUUGAGGCAAUCGAGAACUCUGCCGCUGUCAUGUUCUGA